GAAAUAUCCCUUAUCAAGUUAUGACAACUUAUACAAAUAUGAGCUAACAACAAGUAAGAAAAAUCCAAUGAAGCCAUCAAAAUGGCCGAACCUGAUCACUACGAUGUUGCCAAGGAGACAACCUUAUUAAUACCAAAAGAUGGAAAGGAGGAGACAAGACCAGUAAAGGCUGCACCUCCUGUAUCUACCGAGCCAGAGAUUGAUUCAGGAGUUGUGGCCCCUGAACCUCAUCUAUUUCCUAUAAUAGCCAACAAUAGUUUCGAAUAUCCUUUAGACCAGCCGCAGAUUGAGUAUGAACACAGCAGAAGAUCCGUCGAAAACGCUACAUCGAAUCUACAAUGUUUGAUGCAUCUAUUAAAAGGAAAUAUUGGAACUGGUAUUCUGGCUAUGCCUGUUGCUAUAAAAAAUGCUGGGCUCUGGCUAGGAACAGUAGGGUUAUUAUUAAUAGGAGUUAUAGCUGUACAUUGUAUGCAUCUUUUGGUGAAAUGUAGUCGAAUCAUGUGUAAAAGAACUGGAUCUGUUGCUAUGGAUUAUGCUGAUGUCAUGGAAACUAGUGUUAAAACUGGUCACAUCAGAUUACGUAAAUUUGCAAAGUUUUCCAGAUAUUUAGUGUUUGUGUUGUUAAUUGUUACCCAGUUUGGGUUUUGUAGUGUGUAUAUUGUAUUUAUUGCUACAAGCGUAAAACAGAUUGUUAAUAAUUACUAUAAAGAUGACCCAGAUCUAAGAGUCUAUGAGAUUAUCGUUGCUGCUUUACUGGUUCCUUAUGUUUUUGUGAGAAACUUUCGAGCCCUGGCGCCAUUUUCAACGUUUGCUAAUUUAUUAACAGCAGUGGGACUAUUUAUAAUAUUCUAUGGAGUGCUUCAAGGACUUCCAAAUGCUGACACACGACCUGCUGUAGGCACGAUAGCCGACUUACCGUUGUAUUUUGGAACUGCACUGUACGCUUAUGAGGGCAUCAGUUUGGUUCUACCAUUAGAAAAUAAAAUGAAAGAACCAGAAUCGUUUGGCGGGAAAGCAGGAGUUCUUAAUUUAGGUAUGGUUACCGUAGCAACAUUAUACACCGCUACCGGUUUCUAUGGUUACCUGAAAUAUGGUGAGAAUGUUAAAGAUAGUAUCACGCUCAAUCUACCAAACGACCAAUGGUUGUAUGUCUCUGCUAAGUUGAUGUUUGCCGUCUGUGUAUUUAUAUCUUAUGGUAUACAACUCUAUGUUCCUGUUAAAAUUAUCUGGCCUGGAUUAAAAUCACGCACCCAAUCGCCAUGGUUACAGAAAUAUGGAGAAUAUAUUCUACGCAUUUUUCUUUUAUUUUUAACAUGUGGAUUUGCCAUAAGUGUCCCCCACCUAGAUUUAUUGAUAUCUUUAAUUGGUGCCUUUGCUAGCAGUGCCCUAGCCUUAAUACUUCCAGCUACUAUAGAGCUUAUAACUUAUUCUGCUGAAGGAGAAAUUCUAUCGAGAUGGACUAAAGUAAAAGAUGUGUUGAUUAUUAUAUUUGGAGUGAUUGGGUUUGCUACGGGAACCUAUACAGCUCUUCUCAAUAUCAUACAGAAAUUUUGAUGAUGGUGAAAUUAGGAAUAUUGUGAUUAAAUUAAUCUUCAGUUGUGUAUUAAAUUUGAAAUGGAAUGGAAUUUUUUACAUUCUACUUCUGCAUCUGAUUGGGCUCGUGAAAUUGGCAGCAGGAAAUUUUGCCAGGACAGCAGCAUAAUAGAUAAAGUAUGGUGUCUGGUAUUGCUUUUCUUCUACUCAUGUAUCCAUAAUCCCACAUCAUACACAGCACUGGACAUCUUAUCUUGUGUUUUCGCAGCUUUAGUCCUCUCCAUUCCAACUUUAAAUAGUAGAGAGAUUGGUUUAUUGUCUCAUCAAAUUAUCUUUUCUUUAUCAGUCAAUAUUAUGAAUAAAUGACAAAAGCCAACAAUGGGUAUAUGUGAUGCAAGUAGUGAAUGUUAAACAUUUUAUAUAGCUUCUUAAAUGCGAUUCUCUGAAAAAAAUAAGGAAAACUUUUUCAGCAAUAAAUUAUGUCAAUUGCUCCUUAAAAGAUCAAAAUAUUAUUUUUAGCCUUACUUUAUGCGCAUAUUUAAUUUUUGUUUAUUUUGCUUUUGUACUUAGGCUUCAAACACUAUGCAUUGAGUUAAAUGAUGGAUUUAUUUUAGCAAGAGCUCACAAUAUGCAGUUAAUAAGUUUAAUUUAUGCACAUAUUUAAUUUAUGGGCAUUUUUAAUUUUAGUGCAUUUUUAUUUUCUGAACAUAUUAAAUUCAUGCUAACUUUU